GAAAAAAAAAUGUUUGUUUUAGUGAGUUUAAUCGAGUUGGAGGUGUAUCUGUGUAUGCAUGGACUCACAUUGUUAUUGAAUUUUAGUGACAAAAUGUCUUGUUUUAAUGCAUAAAGCAGGGAGACCCAAAUGUCACAGCAGACUGCAAAGCGGUUCAAACAGGAAAGGAGCAGUUAAAAUGUUUGAAAUGAGAUAAGAAGAGUAUGCCCCCCUCAACAACCUACCCCCUGUUUCAGUUGGUGCGUUUGAUGAGCAUACGGGAUGACGAAGACUCGGGAAAAUCGGUAGUUGUCACAAAACACGCCUGGGUUGAGGCAGGAGAGGAUAAUUUGUUGGCUUUAUACACCACAAAUGGUUACCUUUUACUCAGGUAUGCAUCUUCGGGUAAAGUUCCAGCAUACCGACAGCUGGUAUGGCCUCAAGAGAAGCCGAUCUGUACGAUGUGUUUUGACCCCACCGUGUGCUGGCUUCUGGUCGUUACAGAGGAUGCCACACUCUUCAUUAUUCCAGCUCGAUCUAUUCUGGACAAGUCGGCUAGGGUCAAUCAGAUAUGGAGCUUAGAUGAUGUCACAAUUACCAAAGUCAAGAAAACCAAAGGUCUUCCCUCGGUUGUAACUUGGUGGCACACGUUGGAUGAUCAACAAAUAGCUAUAAUUGGAACAAGGAGUGGGGAGAUAGUAAUAGUCGACUUGGUCAAGCGGUGCAUUGUGAAUGAGCUAGAAGUGGAUGCCAGCAUUGCUAACUUUGAUCUCAUUCAAGAUGACAAUCAGAUGUCCACCUACCUUCUGAUAACUGGAAAAGCAGGAAUUCAGUGGAAACUUCUGCUGGAAUCCAGGACAUCAGAUGUGGUCAAGUUUGACCUUGAAGUGUCUGACCUUGGAUAUGACCAGAUUGAUGGCCGACAUUUACCUGUCAUUAGUAUAACUGCAGUCACUGUGGAUGAGAAACUGUUAACGGUGGUAAAGAAAUCCUUCCCGUUCUACUGGCACGACAAGCAGGAGGAGAACCUCCGACAGCAGAUGAUGAAGAACAAGGAGACAGGAAUGUGGGACCCGACGGACGACAGAAUUCUGGGGACGUACGGGGGCGCGUAUCGGUCAUUCGAGAUUCAUAUUAACGGCCACACGGUACUGAACGGUUGUCUGGUCAUCACAGACUCCGCUGUGUAUGAAUUAAGACCAAGGAUUUCUGCAGAACGUCUUUUUCUUGACCUGGCCCUUGGUAAAUCGGAUGCCAGCAUUACGGAUAAUUUAGGGAUAGCUUUGGGUCUGGAUAUUAAUACUCUGUACGAGUUGUCAGCCGAAAACUGUGUACAAAACCAGAGUUAUGAAAGAGCCAUUAAACUGUUCAAAAUUGCCAAGUCUUCUUACAUGAAGCGGGUAUCAUGCUUUGCCAAGCAUCGUCGUGUACAGGAAGUGAUGUCACACCUACGACAGGCGCUGGGGGAUCACUCCUCUGAUGUGACGACAGUAGAAAAGAAACAGCUGUCUAACAUGGCCAUGUACUGCUAUGUCUACCUCCUAAAGCAAGGAAGUGGUGAAGAACACACCAAAAGGACAUUUGUGGAGUUUUUAAACAGCAACUUUUUCUAUGAUGAACAAAUGACCCUCAGUUUAUUGGCAGAGAACAAUCUGAUGGAUGUCUUACUAGAGAUGUCCAAGUCCAGGGGUCUAGUGAUGGAAGCUUUGAAUCUUCUGGCUGAGAACAAGCAAUUUGUGAUACCCUCAGACAUGAUUUCAGGGCUGGUGUCCAAAGGUUUUUCCAAUCAUCUCAUCCAGGCAUCUAAAGGUGUUUUCCUGGAGUUUAUGCCCCCCGCGUCACUGGUGGACCUACUGUGUAAUAAGCCAGACCUGGCCCUCCCUAAUUACCCCCUCCUUCAGGCCGUCCUACCAGAACUAGACGUCCCUCACCUGGAGACCCUGGCUCAGGUGUUUGACCCCUCACGGAAUCCCCUCAGGAACCAUCUGUGUAGACACCUGGGCUCCAGGCACAGGACGGCCAGUAUUAGCUCUGUGUCCAGUGACGGAGAACCAGGAGGAAUGGAGGGAGGAAUGACUGAUAUGAGUAGACUGGUAGAGGUCUUUAUUUGGAUUAUAAUCCAUCUGAACAGGAGGAGGGAGGACAAUGGCUAUGUUCCCUCUGUACAGGAGUUGAUGUCCAUCAGUACAACAGAAGCCAAACAACGGUGUCAAAGUCAAGCUCAUACAAGUCAGCCAGUGCCCAGAAGGAAGCGUUUAUCCUAUCAGCCCCGUCCUAUAGGGGCAGGCCCUCAGCAUGUAGCCCUGGUCAGAAACGGGGACCUUUAUACCUGGGGCAAAACUUCACAGGGGAGGUUAGGUCACGGAGACUUGGCUCUAGAGAACACAGUGUCACCUCCCUGCAGAGUGGAGACCCUUCAUAUGCUUCACAUCAAAGUAUUAUCUGUCUCCUGUGGAGGGGAGCAUACAAUCGCCCUCACCCAACAAGGGGUUUAUGGGUGGGGCUCCUCCAAGUACGGGCAGGUAGGAACAGGAACAACCCACAUCUAUAGCCGCCCGAUGUUGAUUGAAGCCCUAUCAGGGGUCAGCUGUGUGGAUGUAGUGUGUGGACAGUAUCACAAUCUAGCCCUCACAGUGGAGGGGGAUGUAUACAGCUGGGGCUGGGGUGUACAUGGUCAAUUAGGUCAUGGCAGUAUUGAAGAUGAAUUGACUCCCACCAAGGUCACGGCCUUGACCCCAUUACAUGUGUCCCAUAUACAGGCAGGACAUUGCCACUCCCUGGCACUCACUGAGGGGGGGACUGUUUAUGCCUUUGGCUGUGGCUUCUUUGGCCAGCUUGGUCUUGGACAUAACAGAAAAUCCCCAGUUCCAGUGAAGGUCAAUACACUGCAUGAAAAAAUAGCCAUUGUGGGGACAAGAUACUUCCAUAAUGUAGCCGUGUCACUUAGUAACAAAGUGUACACAUGGGGAUGCCACCCCUAUAAUCUGAGGUUUGUGGCCCACGCGGCCAGGAAGGCCCGCCAAGCGGGAAAAUUCAUGGGGGACCCGGUGGAUCAAUUUCUCCUACCAGAAGUGGUGGAUACAAGUUAUGUCCACGGAAGAAUCACCAAGGUAGCGGUGGGAAGCUCCCAUAGUUUACUGAUGACGUUAGACGGAGAUGUAUACAGCUGGGGACGUAACGCAGAGGGACAGAUAGGAAACAACACUAAACAUGAAAUGAAACAUCCAAACAUAAUUACACAGAUCAAUGAUCGUCGGAUGGCACAUCUAGCAUCAGGAGGCGAGUUUAAUGUUACCAUGGAUAGCGAGGGAUUAGUCUGGGUCUGGGGCAAGAAUGACUUUGGACAGCUAGGACUGGAUAAAUUAGAUAGUCCGACAGCUGUCAAGCAAAGCAGAGUGCACACCCACCACAGACACAGGGAAACAGUGACCUCGGUGACCGAGAUACUGGUCCCCAAUAUUUGUGCUGGUAUCCCAGCUCCUAAACCAAUCAACAGGUUGAGGCACACUGUGUCACAGUCUGAUUCAUAUGACAGUAGUGAAGAACACUGGAUUGGGAUAGAAAGAGUGGACCACAGACACCUGGAUAAAUUACCUGAUCUUCAGACCCUUACUGAGUCUAGGUACAACAGACUGGUCAUUCUGGAAGUCUUACAGCACCUGUGUGACUUCUGUCAUUGCGUUCAGUUGCUAAGGAAGUGUGUAGACGUUCAGGACUGGCUCAGUGCUGUUUACAUCUGUAUACACCAACAAAACUACCCACAGGCACUGACCUUUCACCUCUCUGCGCUUAAAAAAUACAAGCAUCACUUUGAGAAGUUCAAGGCCAUUGUAGCAGCAGUAAUAAACCUGUACCUCCAGCUUUGUGUAAAGCAAGAUUUGUCAGCAGGACAGAAGGAAGAGAAUUAUAGGAUUCUUAUUAUAGAGAUCCUCCAUUUCUGGGAAGAGGAACACUUAGUGACUGGUGACCUUGAGAAGUUAGUGACCCCUUACCUUGAUCACCUGUCUAGUAUCCUAUCGGUCAUCUUAUUCUGGCCACAGGUUGAUGAGGAAAGCCAUGAAACAAAGGCCAAGCUUCAUUUCUCAACUAAAUUCUCUCUAACAGUUUUACAAAACGUAAUACAAAAAAUACAGUCACUAGACUUUGAAAAGAAGCAUCCAGUAUGUUACCAAGCCUACCAGUCAGUUGCCAUGGAUACCGGAGAAGGUCAAGGUCUUGACCUUCAGCCUAGUGAGAAGAUGAUACCAUAUCAGCAGCUAUGGCAAGACGUGGUACAGAAUCUGCAGAAAGGAGCGGAGACACGUCAGUUCAUCUCCAUGACGCGCAGCGAGAUCGAUCAUCUGGAUGAAAAACUCCAUGGCAGCCAGGCUAGUGACGCGAGCCAAGACAACAACAGUGUUCUGUUUACAUGUGGUCAUUUCUAUACAAAACAGAAUUUCUUAGAGGAGGUGUUGACCAAGUUUCAGCGAGAACUGUCUCACGGUCCUGGUAGUUUACCCGGCAGUGCCCAAGUCCUGGUUAAGUAUUACCAUAGUAACGACCUCCUUCCUUUGGCCUGUCCUAAAUGUGUUCUCAACUCUCUACAUUCUGUCGGGAAUUAAAGAACUGGGCAGAAUUACCAAAAUUUACCAUAAAACUGUGAUAUACAUGUACAUACAUGUACGUAGAAAAUGUAGCAAUGGUCCAUUAUCAUAUCAUCAAAAUGCUUCAUGAUACUGGUGACAUUUUCUCAGAAUAUAAAUUUGUGCAGUACCAGGGAUAUGUUACAGUUAAAAUUAGUUGGCAGUUCAAAUCUUUCAUACCAUUUUGUAUAUUUGAACUUCAACAUAUCUAAAAGUUUAUACUGGUCUCACACAGUUCUAGAUAUGAAGACUUGACUGUAAUACAAUUGAUGUUCUUGAAGGCAGACUACAUACAGUCCAUGUGCGAGCCAAAAGUAUGACUCUCUAUGAAAUGUAGAAAGUAAUUUAAAAAUAUUGGUGCUUAUUGUGCAAUUUUUAUUCAUUAAAUGAAAUAAUGAUUCAGGUAUAA